CGAAAAUUACGGGUACUGUGGAACAACGUAAAAUUGCCGUUAGAUUAUUACAAGAUACCUUGGGUCGCUCAAAUUCUUUUUCGCCCCCCCUUGGAUUCACUUUAUUAAACGUCUCCGAUGAGUACGAGUCACGUUAUAUUGGCACUGAUUUUAAAGCCAUCUCGUUUGAAAAGGUUCUCAUUGAUCACCAAACCAACGAUUCGAUUCCCUAUAAAAAUUAUACUCUUGUAAUUAAUAACUUAUCAACUUGCCCUUCUACUCCUUCUACUUCAGCUACUCCUAUAUUUUCUUCUAAUAAACGUGAAACCCAUCUUAAUUGCAAGAAUUGUAAUUCAUCAGAAUUUUCAAUCAAUAAUUUAUCAGGCAAAAUUUAUAAAUUCACCACCAUCCAAUUGUUAGAAAUUUGUUUAAGCAAAGUUUUAAAUGCCACGUCUUGUGAACAACAAGUUUCGGAUGAGGAAUUUCGAUUAAAAGUUUGCUUUGGAAAAGUUUUUUUUAAUAAACUUGAUAAAACUGCUCUUUCUUUAUGCGAGUGGAAUGGAUUACAGAGAGGUCAUAAAGGAAUCACUACGUCAUUCUGUCAUGAUGUUGGAUCUUUUGAGGAUGCAUUUAAAAUUGAAAGGUUAAAUAAUGCAUUCGGGUUUCGCCGAGCUGAUCUCGUAGAAGAAAAUGUCAUAACAAUUUCAUUUACUGAAAGUAAUGAAAAAAAAAAACUGAAAUUAUAUUAUGACCAAUCAUUAGAUUCUUGGAAGAUUAAAAAGGUUACGAAAAAUUUUCAACGACACGCAAUUAUAGAUAUCAUUUCGGGAAAUGAAACCUCCAAUUUACGUUUUAUUAUCAAGUCCCAAGUUAUGAUUCCAAUAAGCAACAAAUAUAGCAUGAUCAUUGAUAAUCUACAGAAAUCAAACAGAUUCCUUGGAAGAAUGUACUUGAUGAGUGGGAAAGUACCAUUACAACUCGAUUGUUUCAAAAUGUUCAUCCGACAAGACGAUUUUGCUUUAAAUAAUAAUUUCAAAUGUACGAGAGUUAGACAAUCAAUUAUCAAAAAACGAUUUAUAAAUGAAAGUUAUCAACUUAAUUUCAUAUCGACUUUACAAGAUGAAGAAGGAAGAGUAUCUUCGGAGGAUACUAUAAAUUUAAUUCAUAAGUCUUGGAUUCCACCGUCAUCGUCGGAACGCAGUUCUGUCAGCGAAACUAUAAAUUUCGCGAGAAAGUUAACUGGAAUGAUCUGA